AUGAGUACAUUGCAGUAUCCAGUUACGCAAUUAAAUUAUACUGCAAUGAAAUCUCUCCUGGAUGAAGGCAGAUCCCUGAGGAAACAACUUGACCAAGAAAAGGCGCAACUUCAAUCAAAUAUCGACAGAUUUUUAAGUCAUAUUCAAAAAUCAGAAUUUUUGCAGAAUACAGGUAAAAUUUCACCUAACUUGUUUAAUAAAGUCAAAGACUUUCCCUCAUUUUUCGAAAAUUUUGACCCCUCGCCAUCAAUUCGCAAAUCAGAUACGCUUCAGUUCGAUGAUUCUGAUAUUUCAGAGCAAUCUAGCCAGAUCAUCAAACAGAUAGAUGAAAUAGAGUCUCAAAUUGUUAUGUUAGGUAACGAAAGAUCAACUUUAGCUAUUCAAGAACAAAAAGCAUCAGCUCAGCAAACUGCUGUUUUUGAAGAAUCUAUAGUCCUUCGAGAGCAAUGUGACGAAUUAUUACAGCAGAGAGAUCUUUUAGAACAUGAACAACAGGAAUACCAAGAUCUCUUAGAGUUUUGGAGAUCUAAUAAUCAAAAGUUAUCAAGUGUUCUUGAUGAUUCAAUAUAUCAACUGAAAUCUGCUCAAAAUAUGAAAGACGCUGAUUCAAUUCGUUUAAUGCAAGAGUUAUCUACUAUUUAUACUCAGCUAGAUGCUGCAUCUCGGAAGUUACGUGUUAAAUCAUUCUAA